AUGAGCAGAGCCGACGAGGCAAGCGGCAGCGACUUUGCCUCGUCUUCGGACGAAGAGGGGCAGCAAGUCAGAGCGACUCGUAGAGCGUUCGUUGUGUGCAAGGUGUUCCCAACCCUUGAAGAGGCGCAGAUUGGCAUCGACGUCUUAGACGGGUUCCACUACAAGUACAAACACAACUACGGCAAUGCUGGCAACGGUGGAAGGCGAAGCCCGGACGAAAGCGGAGCUCAGUUUGUUUUGGAGGAGACAGACAUGCAUGGAGACGAAGAUCAAGAUAUUCAGCGCCGUGGAAUUCACGGUGCGCUGAAGCGAGAGAUCGACAGCAUCCUGUUCGGCGGCGCUGGACCAAAGAAGUGCCGGAAGCUGCUGCUAGAUCGUCACGGAGACAACCCAGUCAUGCUUCAGCAUUUACCCACGGAAAGUCAGCUCAAGAACCGAAAAGCUGGACUCCGGAAGAAACAGUCAGAGUGGGCGUACACACAUUUGUGUACAUCGAAGAGUGACUUCUUUGGUCACGAAGACGACAUCAGCGCUGCGGACGCCGCAACGCAGUUUGCCAACAAGUCCCGCCAGUUUCAGCACGGUGUGAUCGUUCUUGAGUGCUUUGAACACGACUUCAUUGACCAGGAUGGCAAGGCAGUAAAGUCUUUCGGGCUCAUAUUGACUUCGCGUCACAUGCUCCUGAGCAUUCCCAAGGCCUACGAAUGCCAGCAGGAUAUUGGCGUCUUGGGUGCUACGGAUGGAACAUAUAAACUGCAUUUCGGUGGAUGGACCCUCGUAGACUUUGAGACCUACACGACGCACUAUUCGCGAAAACAGUACUCCAAAACAUUUGUCCCUUGGAUGUAUAUGUUUGUCAAGACAGAGCAUCAGACGGCGUACGCAACGCUUUUUCGGACUGCCAAGCACUUUACCCGACUGUUUUUCGGAGUCGAUUUAGCCCUUGCCUAUGGCAGCCUCGAUAGGACCCAAGGCAUUGCGAACGCUUUUAAGGAGGUUUGGCCUGAUGUAAUUCUCCUUAAUUGCUACCCGCACCUCGUGCGGAAAAGUCGAGAGAAGAUCAAGCUACUCAAGGACCCUGCGUUCUACGAAGACAACGUGCUACCGGACAUUCGCUAUCUCAGUAAAGCUCGCUCGGCCAAGCAGUUCAAGGCGCUCAGUAAACUCUUUCUCGAGUUUUGGAUCCAACAAAACGAGCGAGACUACGCCAAGUGGUUCGAGGACAUUUACUUGGGUGACACGUGGGGGAACUGGUUCUACGUCGCCGCCGCCGCAGGCAUUACACCGUCCCAGAAUGCCCUUGAGGCUCAUCACCGCGUGAUCAAGAAGGUGUGUGUCGGGACGCUUCGGGCAAGUACAUCGGUCGUCUUGAACGACUCAAUUCCUCGUAUUCUUGGUCUCCAAGAAAGCGAGCCGGCUCGCCCUGCUCUAAAUCACUUCUCGGAAGGUCCGUUCAUGAGUGGUGUAGUAGCGCGCGCGCAAACGCUUGUCCAAGAGAAGUCUAAUCACUACAUGAUCAAGGACACGGGCGAAUUCGUGGUAUCGCCCAAGAACAUUCACAGUGCUGUUUUGAACCGCGACCGUGCCACAAUCUACAGGAACUCCAUCAACGGCAAACUACCGCCAGGGAUGACUGUAAACCUGGUGGAAUUGCACUGCUUGUUCAUUCACCAAGUUCGAUUACUGCGCAGAGAUCCACUGCUCGAUGGUGGAAUGAUAACGGCUGCACCAUCAAUCCCCUCCCAAACAAUUCAGGCGAUUCGGAAGAAGUACGUGUGCGACUGCGCCCUGUUUUAUCAAACAGGGUGGCAAUGCUCCCAUGUCGUCGCUGCCAUGACAUUGCAGAAGGAGAUCAGCAUUCAAGGGAUGCUAAAGGCGUUGCCAACGAGAAAGCUAAGUGGUGGAGUUCUUAAGUACCCUGCCAGACCCCUACAUUGGAACCUCAUGAAGGAAUCCAAAAUUCCCGAUGACUCCGGUAGUGAGGUGGAGCAGUUUCUGUUGGGAAAGGGGAUCUCGUGGGGGGAGACCAACGACGUCUUCUUCUGGAUGACGAAGUUUUCCAACGGUGCACAAGUCAAGCUGGAGUGCCAAGAGUUAGCCGAGUGUCUUACCAGGGCCUACACCCAUGGUGCAGAUGUUGCUGGAGCCGUGGCCUAUUAA